UCAAAAUAACCGACCCACUGAACUCGCAGUUGUUAACACAGCAGCCAGCAUUUUUAGACUUUUCUGGUGAUAGGAAAAUCUACGGGAAGAAGAUGGCGGUAAUGGGGAAGUUGAGAAUGUUCGUGGUACAGGAACCAGUCGUCGCUGCUUCUUGUCUUAUCGCUGGCUUUGGUCUCUUCCUUCCUGCGGUUGUAAGGCCUAUUCUGGACUCUUUUGAAUCAUCCAAGCAAGUCCCACAACCUGCUUUAAGCGAUGUGGUUGCUGGUAUGACUGGUAAAAAACAAGGAUAAGAUACUUGUGAGGUUUUAGUUUCAACCAGCUCUUUGUAGUGUUAUUCCAUCCCUUUUGUUGCAUCCUGAUUGGAAAUGGAAAUAAGGUCCUCUUUUUGUGGAUAACUGUUAAAUGUGUGUGCAAGAAGGGGGGAGCUCUCCCUCAUUUGUAAGCACUUGAUAUGGCCAGUGCUACAUUGAUUCAAAUAUUGAAUGACGACUUAUAACCUUAUCAAUUGCAUCUGAAAAGCUUUUUAAUUC